AAAUCUAGAAGGAUUUCAUAAACCCUAACAAUUCUACAAUCGCCGCAUCUACUGCGCCGGAUCAUCGGUUCCAUGGACGCCGAUGCGCUCUCAUCUUCCUCUCCGGCGGUUGCCUCGGUUCCUCCGGUGCAGACCGCGUGCUGGAGCUCUGUGUUGCAGAAGAAGCCGACGGUGCAUCCCCAAGAGGCGAUCUCCACGCGAGUGUUCGGAAGCCUCACGUCGAGCAAAGGCAUCUCGGUGGCGGUGCUCGAUGCCAACGCUCUGAUCCAUGGCGACAAGCUUGCCAAUUCUGCUGACAAGUUCGUGUCUGUGCCCGAGGUCCUGGACGAGGUACGCGAUCAUGUCUCGCGUCAGCGCCUCUCCUUCCUGCCCUUCCCCGUCGAGACCAUGGAACCCUCUCCUGAAUUUAUCAAGAAAGUUGUCAAUUUUGCACGAGAAACUGGGGAUCUGCAGACUCUUUCAGAUGUAGACCUUAAGGUCGUUGCUCUAGCUUAUAUGUUAGAAUCCCAGAUCCAUGGAAUUGAUCAUCUAAGGGAGAGACCGCCUCCUCUUCAUGUGGUGAAUGUGAAGAACCUACCGGCGGCUCAACUGCCGGGGUGGGGUUCCAAUGUUCCUAAUUUAGCAGAAUGGGAAGCCCUGGAAGAAGCAACUGAAGGAGGUCGGGAUCAUAAUUCUAAAAUACUUGGACCGAGAGAUAUGAACAAUCAAGUUGAACCUAACAGUUCUUCUGCUUCCAUACCUGAUGAGCAUGUUGAAGGGAGUAAGACGUUUGAUAAGCCUAAAAGGUCUUUUGCACCCAAGAAGGAGAUUGUGUUGGAGGGGAAAAAGAUGGUUGCUUCUGGCAUCGAUGCCUCUCAAGGUGAAGACACUGAAAUUGCAGGUGAUUGGCACCCUGCAGUUAGCCGGAGCACUCAUAGAAGAUUUUUAAGAAGGAAAGCAAGGCGUGAGUUGUCCAAAGAAACAGAGGAAAAUGGCCACUCGUCAAGCCACGAAGAAGUGGAAGGGACAAAGUCUGAAGGCAAUGUUGAAUUAUCUGAUGGAGGUGAGGUAGAGUAUCCUGUAUUUAAUGAACUUGAAACCAAUGGUGGACAUUUUCAAAAUGAACAACAAAUUGAGUGGAAUCAGAAAGAGGCGGCAUUGGAUUUUGAUUCUUCACAACCUUCACGUGAAGGUGUAGAAGAUGACAGACUUAGGACUUACAUAGGAUCUACUCCUUUAGAAAUUGAGGAAGAUAACUCAGAGUAUGCGGUUGAUUCUGUUUAUGACAAUGAUGCUGGGAUUGAUGACUUCAGUGAAGAGUUAGCUAACUUAGAAUUGGAUAGUCUGGCUGAUGAAAGUACUGAGACAACUUAUAUAGAUGACCAGAGCAGUGAACAGAGUUGGAUGCUCAAGUCCUUAUCAGAGUCAAGUGUAGCUUGUGUUACUAGUGACUACGCAAUGCAAAAUGUUCUUCUGCAAAUUGGUCUUCGACUAUUAGCACCAGGAGGGAUGCAGAUUCGCCAAUUACAUAGGUGGGUUCUAAAAUGUCAUGCUUGCAAUAAAGUGACACAAGAAAUUGGGAGAAUAUUUUGUCCAAAAUGUGGCAAUGGUGGAACUUUAAGGAAGGUAUCCGUGACAGUUGGUGAAAAUGGAAUCAUCAUGGCUGCACGCCGGCCUCGAAUAGUCCUUCGUGGAACAAAAUUCUCGCUUCCAUUGCCUCAAGGUGGACGAGAAGCUAUCACAAAGAACCUCAUCUUACGAGAAGACCAACUCCCUCACAAGUUACUCUAUCCAAAAUCAAAGAAGAAGACAAACAAAGAGGGCAAGGAAUUUCUGGGUGCAGAUGAUAUCUUUUCCCACUCCGACGAGAAGAGAGCCCCGCUUAAGCCUCCUGUGAGGAAAGCACUUGCUAUGUUCGGUGGAAAAAGAAAUCCUAACGAUAACCAUUUUUCUCGCCGGAAGCACUAAGAAUCAUAAGCCGCCAAGCGAGACAAACGGUGAAGUUCGACACAAAUUGUCACUUUGGUUUAUGUAGAGCAAUCGAUUGAUAUAUUCGGAUGGAUGAUGUUUUUGAGUUAAAGCUUGAAGCUGAGAGACAGCCGGGAGAUCCUCCUUUGAAGCACAUUACCUGUAGUUUUAUGGUAUUCUCAUUUUCAGUCGGUUGAUGUUGCUACCGGAGUAAUUCAAUUUUGUCGUAUUCUCAAUUUUAUUUUAUUUUAUUUUAUUUUUUA